UUCGGAUGUUAUGGAGGCAGGGAGGUUUGGGCCGUGGGGGCAGCAGCACUAAGAGUUUUGUUUCAGGGGAGACAUAAAUUUGGGAACGUGAAGGAUCCUAUUCGGGGUGGGGGUGGGGGACGGAAUACAGAAGUUGUGCCUCUGCCACUUCUCAUCAUCAACAUUUAAUUCAACAUUUAAUGGAAUGGUAGACGGGAAGGAGUCUUAGAGAGAAAUUACCCCAUACUCUAUUUUCUACAUAAAAGGAAACUGAGUCCCAUUUAGAAGUGACUUGCCUAAGGUCAUACAACUUCUUGGUGACAGCCCUUGGAGUAGUACUCCGGUUUUCAAACUUUCCGUUUAGUGUUCAGAGAGUGCCAAAUGUUGCGGCUCGUCACCUUUCUUCCUCUUCCACUGGUCCGGUUCUCUUAAUCGCUCCCCCCUCCCCAGGGAGAGUGGAAAGGAUACCUCCCGGUUGGCCUAUAAACGGAACGUUCCCGCGACCCCUGGGUUUAUGGUCAGCUGACUCUUAACUGAAGCCAGCCCCGAGGACGGAAAUCUAACCCGGGGACGCAGGGAAAGUCUGAGUAAGGUUCAAGAGAGACAUCUCAGUGGGUAGAGAGCUGCCAGCCUUGGAGUCCGGAGAUCUGGGUUUUCGCCCCAAAGUGUAAAACUAACCAGCGUGACCUUGUACAAAUCGCCCAGUCUCCCUGGACCUCAGUUUCCUCUUCUGUAAAAAAGAGGAUUUGGGUCGAGAUGAUCUCGAAGAUCCCAAAUCUGGGAUACUGCACUUCUAUAGGAGGUGUGGAGUCCUACGGUGGUUCUCACCUCACUCGCUCCCCUUUAGCAGGGCUAAAACAUGGAGAGGGGCAAAAAGAAAAAGAAAAGAAAAGCCGUUUGGGAGAGACUCUUCAGAGCUCCCAGCAGCGUUUCUUCCCCCCUCCCUCCCCCUGGGCAUGCUCAGUAGCUCAGGCAGGUUUGGCUCCAAGUAGGAAGCUCCGGCGCUACACCGGCUGUUUUGCAUUGACGCCAGUAAAGGCUGGAGGUCACUUCUUGCGGGUGCUUUGAUUGGACGUGCUGCUGUCAAACCCUGGGGCAGAGACUGGGACGGGGAAACAACCUGGCAGAGAUUCACCGGGCAUUUCAAGGGGGUGCGGGGCACCAUCCCUGCGAACGGGGCCACCCCUCCACCCUUGGAGGGGAGACGAGGGAAGAAGAGGCAGGAGCAGCAUCUCUGCUGCACAACGCAGGCUCUGUGCCCGAGCAUUAAACGUCUCGCCAUUUUAAUUCAUUCCAUGCAGAGCCAGGGACUCCAGCAGAAUUGCGUGUAUGCAUCAUCUCUGGGACCAGAAACAUCGUGGGCCCCGCAUGCAUUACAGACCUGCCUUCACGCUCGCUGCUGGGGUAUCUCCAGCCUUUUGUUCCUGCCCGUCUUCAGCGUUAUUAUCAUUUUCUUAAGACUGAAGCUCUGAAGUCUUCUCCCCCCUCUUCCCACCCCUUUCCGUCACACACACACCCCACCUAUUUUAUUCCAUUUGCGCGGCAAACAUGCACUGAAACGGGAUUCCCGUGUUUCUUUUCCUCUACUUCAGGAAUUGGUACCGCUGGAUGGAAUGCUUUGCAGGGUAAACCUGCUUUUCGAAGGGGAAAUCUGCCUUCUGGAGCUGCUGCCAAGAGGAUAGUGUGUGCAUGUCAAUAGCCAGUCUGCGCCGCUGCCGCCGCCGCCGCCGUCGCCGCCGCCGCCGCCGCCGCUGUUAGGAGGAAGGAGGAGGUGGAGGAGAAGGAAAGGAGGGAGCAUGCAUUGGAGGGGAACGUGAGCGCUAGUCUCUAACUGUGGAGGGGGGAGCGAUUCAAGGGGGUUUCACUUCCCCCCACCCCCAGCAAAGAGCAGUAGCGUCUCUUACAGUUAAACUUCGUGGGAAGAAAAUUGCCUGUUUAGUCCUAGGGGUGUGGAAGAACAGGGAUCUCCGCCCCCCCACCCUACCCCACCCCUUGUCCCAGACCCCGCUCCCAAAAUCCUCCUGAAACACUGUGAAAUUAAAAAAAAAAAAUACUGCUUCUCCGGAAUUUUAAUAUUUAAUUCAAGAAAAUGGGAGCGCGCCUUGUCGAAAGCCACAUUCACUAAGUCCGAGGGGCUUGUUGACUUUUCCCGGGGGGAGGAGGGGAGAAAACCCCUAACCCAAACCCUGUCGGCUGAACGUUUUAGGCAACGAUGUGCAGCUCGGCCUGCGCUUCAUUUCCCCACAGCCCCCCUCCGGGUUCCCAUUAAAGUUCCAAGAAGCCCCCGCUCGCAGAAGAAGUCGAAAAGGGCUAUGUUUCCUUGCUCGCUGAGGUUAACUCAUAAUGACACAGCCCUCGAGUCCAGCGGAUGACAAGAAGGACUAGCUAGACAGACCCUUGAGAAGCUGAGAAUUCCGAGACCAAAUCCAGCGGAUCGAAGGAAAAGUCAGUUUAGAAAAUCGCGUCCGAAGUGACUUGAAAGCAUGGGCUGCGCUCCAAGCAUCCACAUUUCUGACAGCAGGGUGGUGUACCACACUGGCAAAGAGUCCGAGGACUCAACCCCCCCCAACCAGAGCAAUAUCACCACCAUGUCUCAGCAGCUGCAAAACAGCAACCCUAUGCCCGGAUUAUUCAUCAAAUCCCCUAACACGUCCACUUACAAAGUGAGGACUAAUGUGUCCAAGAAAGACAAGAAAGAGAACAGCAUGGAAGCGGAGACCCAGAGCUGCAGAUCCGGUAGUAAGACAGUAACAGAUGUACAAUUUGGCCCCAUGAGAAUCCAUCAAGAUCAGCUUCAGGUACUUUUAGUGUUUCCCAAAGAAGAUAACCAGAGUAAUGGAUUCUGUUGGGCAUGUGAGAAGGCAGGAUUUAAGAGCUCACUUGCAAAGAAUCCUCAGUCUGCACUUGAAAGCUUUCUGGAAAAACAUCAGGACAUCAUCAUCAUUGAUAAUAGACAUCCCCGGCAGCUGGAUGCAGUAGCACUGUGCAGGUCUAUCAGAGCAACUAAAUCCUCAGAAAACACGGUUAUUGUUGCUGUAGUACGAAGGGGGGACCGUGAAGAAGCAUCUAUUAUGCCCCUUAUUGUUGCUGGUUUUACAAGGAGAUACAUAGAGAACGGCAACAUCAUGGCCUGUUACAAUGAACUAAUUCAGCUGGAAUUUGGUGAAGUGCGGUCACAACUUAAACUAAGGGCUUGCAAUUCAAUAUUCACGGCACUAGAAAAAAGUCAAGAAGCCAUUGAAAUUAAAAAUGAAGAUCACAUUUUACAGUAUGCCAAUCCUGCAUUUGAAAUGGCUAUGGGCUAUCAAACAGGUGAACUACUGGGGAAGGAAUUAGUAGAAGAGCCUCUAAGUGAAAAAAAAGCUGAUUUCCUGGAAGCUAUAAAUUCAUGCAUCAAGAUAGGAAAGGAGUGGCAAGGAAUUUAUUAUGCCAAAAAGAAAAAUGGGGAUAAUAUACAACAAAAUGUGAAGAUCAUACCUGUCAUCGGACAGGGAGGAAAGAUUAGACACUAUGUGUCCAUUAGUAGAAUGUGCAAUGACAUCAAUAAGGUAGAAAAAACUUGUGAACGUGUUCAGGCUGAAUCUCAAACAGGAAGUUCACAGAGACGUCAUUCUUCCAUGGCAAGGAUUCACUCAAUGACUAUUGAAGCACCCAUCACCAAGGUGAUAAAUAUUAUCAAUGCUGCACAAGAAAACAGUCCGAUACCUGUGGCAGAGGCUUUAGACCGUGUACUAGAGAUCCUAAGAACCACUGAGUUAUAUUCUCCACAACUUGGAACUAAGGAUGAUGAUCCCCAUGCCAGUGAUCUUGUCGGCGGCCUCAUGUCUGAUGGUAUAAGAAGGUUGUCAGGAAAUGAAUACAUUUUUUCAUCAAAACAACUUCAUCCGGUUCCAGCCAGUUUAACUUCUCCUAUAUCCCUCAAUGACAUCCCACCACGGAUAGCACAGGCCAUGGAAAAUGAAGAGUAUUGGGACUUUAACAUUUUUGAACUGGAGGCUGCCACUCACAAAAGGCCGUUAAUUUAUCUUGGUCUCAAGAUUUUUGCUCGCUUUGGAAUCUGUGAAUUCCUAAACUGCUCAGAAGCCACGCUACGGUCUUGGUUGCAAAUCAUCGAAGCCAACUACCAUGCGUCCAACUCCUACCACAACUCUACCCACUCUGCGGAUGUACUUCACGCCACCGCCUACUUCCUGGCUAAGGAAAGAGUCAAGCAAACUUUAGACCCAAUUGAUGAAGUUGCUGCCCUCAUUGCUGCCACUGUCCAUGAUGUGGAUCACCCUGGAAGAACAAACUCAUUUCUGUGCAAUGCAGGGAGUGAGCUGGCAAUUUUAUAUAAUGAUAUUGCCGUGCUGGAGAGCCACCACGCAGCCCUAGCUUUCCAGCUUACUAUUCGAGAUGAAAAAUGCAAUAUAUUUAAAAAUAUGGAGAGGAAUGAAUAUCGGACACUUCGUCAAGCCAUCAUUGACAUGGUCUUAGCAACAGAAAUGACCAAGCACUUUGAGCAUGUCAACAAAUUUGUCAACAGCAUCAACAAGCCUUUAGCAACACUAGAAGAAAAUGGGGCCAACAAUAGUGAUGGAGAAGUAGUCAAAAGUGUGCUCACAUCUCCAGAGAAUCGAAUUCUUAUCAAACGGAUGCUGAUCAAGUGUGCUGAUGUGUCCAAUCCCUGCCGUCCCCUAGAGCUGUGCAUUGAGUGGGCUGGGCGCAUCUCGGAGGAGUACUUUGCACAGACUGAUGAGGAGAAGAAACAAGACUUACCUGUGGUGAUGCCGGUUUUUGACAGAAACACUUGCAGUAUCCCCAAAUCCCAAAUCUCAUUCAUUGACUACUUCAUUACAGACAUGUUUGAUGCUUGGGACGCCUUUGCAGAUCUGCCCAACAUAAUGCAACAUCUUGACAACAACUUCAAGUACUGGAAGGGACUAGAUGAGAAGCAGCUCCGGAGCUUAAGACCACCACCUGAAUAGCGAUUACUCCUCCUCCUCCUCCUUCUCCUCCACCCAACCCAGGCAUCCAGAUGCAUUGUUCCUCAAGCUCACUUGGGUUCAUAUUAAGCCAGAAUCAUUUGGCCUUUUCAGUAUUAGUCAGACCGGCCCCGUGCACUUGAGGAUCUGGAAAGAACAUGGCAGUCUCCUGUGGCCUUCAAUAUUGAAAACCCAUGGAGUAGAGAGUCAGUCUUUCCCCCUGAUGUUACACUGGAUGGAUGGCUGCAGAGACUAUCCUGAAGAAGGUCAAAUAUGAACCAUACGUCUGCAUUUUCAUCAUACAAUAUAAUGCAGCUUGGUAGGAUGAUAGAAGAAAUUCUCAGAUCCUCAAUUCAACAAGUGAAGGAGAAAUCCCCAUUGACUCAUAGCUUUGUGGAGAAUGUUCUGUGCUGGGUUUAGCACUUAAAAACUGCUAAUAAAAAUUUAGACAUUUAAAGGCAACUCUUCAUGAACAAGUUUUUGUCCUAUGAAAAAUAGACAUCUUCUAUUUUUUCACAUCGCAGAAGGUGCAAUCAUUCACUUCUAAGCACUACUGAAAGUGACUUCUCUCAAAAGAAAUUUAGUAGCAAAUGUAAAGAAAAAACCACAAAGAAUUUUUUGAAGUUGAUUGUUAGCAUCUAUGAUUAAAAUAUGUUUUAUUUAUUUUGUUAGAUGUUCAAUAUUUUCUAUGAAUUUAUAAAUACUUAAAAGCCAAAGCCAACUUUAGAUGCCAUUACAAAUUUACAUGAUUCAUUUCAUUGAUAUGCAUUACUUGAUGUACAGACCUUUUAUUUUCAUAAUGCAAAGACAAAAUACUAUCCAAUGACACACAUUUUUACUGCACUCUAUGGGUAACUAUAUAUGUUAACUGUCGUCUCUGAUUUAUGCUAAUCAAAGAAGAUUGUUUGGUUGACAGGUCUCACUCCAGAGUACAAAGGUCUGAAAGACUCUUCUGCUCCAGAAACAACAGAGCUAUGCUACGCUAGUUAUCAUUCUCUGCUCUUGUUUGCCGAUGACUUCCCAAAGUGAAAUUGUACAACUCUUGGUCAGACGGGGGAAAAAAAGUUGGGACUGAACAUUUUUUUCUCCUUUAAAAAUUUUAUAAUUAAAUUCCCUAUCAAAAGUCUGCCUUAUUUUAUACAGUAUUUCUACAAAGCAUUCCAUAUCAUAGACAAGGGAAUAACCAAUGGAAUAUUUAGUGAAUCUCAGCAUUUUAUAGCCUCUCUAUUUUCCUUGGCAGUGGAAAUCUUUAACUCUGGAAAUUUGUAAAGGUUCUGUACCUUCACAAUUUGAAUGAAGUAAACACCAGAAAACAAUAAAACAUAUAUUUUAAGAA